AUGUUUGACUUAAAACAGCUCAUCACGACCACUGGGAGGGAUAUUUUAACAGCCAUUCAGGAGGCAUUGACCACUGUCGGAGGUGAGGGGGUGCUGGAGCAAAAAUUGGCUGCUAUAACAACGGAUGGAGCACCCGCCAUGACAGGCUCCAUCAAGGGCUUCUGGGGCCGCAUGGCAAACAAUAUGCCUCACGUAAAGUUUUACCACUGCAUUAUACAUGAGCAGGUUCUUUGCGUGAAGGCGGCCCUCUCCCUCCAUGACACCGUUAAUAAGGUUGUUAAAAUAAUAAACAGGCUAAGAAGUGGCAAAUAUGCCCAAACACAUCGGCAAUUACGGGAAUUCCUGAAGGACGUCGGAGCACAAUUCCCGGACUUGAAGAUGUUUACGGAAGUCCGGUGGCUGUCUAAGGGGCAGGCACUUUACCGCUUCUUCAAGUUGCGUCGGGAGGUGCCCCUCUUUAUGGAACGAAUUCCGGGUUUCAACCACGAUGUGUUCCAUCAUAUUAAAAGACUUGAUCAGUUUACCGAAAAAUUGCAAAGUAUGAGCCAAGAACUCCUCAACAACAAUAUCCAUCAAUUCCCGUGCUGCAAGGAACUAAGUUCUGGUGAUUUCACACGCUUUGCUUCAGAAAUACAGAAUCUCCAUGAAGAAUUCCAAACAAGGUUUAAAAAAUAUGAUGAGAUUAGAAAUGUGGCAGCAAAAUAUCCUGAUUUUCCCGAAUUGGUUCCGGAAGAUAACAGUGAGGAUUCUGAGAUGUUGAGGAGAUAUCUCUGCACAUUUCCCACAACAUAUAGAUGUGAGCAGGGCUUCUCCAUUUUAGGGCAAAUUAAAACAAAACACCGCGGAAAUCUCUCUCAUCGCAGGUUGAAAUUCCAAUUGCUAAUAGCCCUAACUCCUUCCGAUGAAAGACUGUAUAAAACGAAUGGUAACAGUGAGCAUAGUGAGGAGGAAUUACAGCACGCCGAAUCCUUGAGUGGCGAACAUCACAAUCAAGAAGACGACCAGGAGGAAGUCGAAUGGCUCGAUCCUGAACUACAAUCGUUCAUGGAUUAUCAGGAGGAAGAACCUCCAAAUUUGAUAGAUUGCAGACCACCCAAGAAAAAAUCGAAAAAAUAUCUCCAUAUGCAAGAAGAAUAG